CAGCACCUCGUCCCCGACAUCGCCACUGAGUUCUACAAGUUCGGCCUGGAAGGCAUCUCCUCCAUCCUCUUCGCCUCCCGCCUGGGCUGCCUGGAGCAGGAGGUGCCGGGGGACACGGUGACCUUCAUCCGCUCCAUCAACACCAUGUUCGUCAUGACGCUGCUGACCAUGGCCAUGCCCAGGCUCCUCCACCGCCUCUUCCCCAAGCCCUGGCAGACCUUCUGCGAGGCCUGGGACUACAUGUUCGCCUUCGCCAAAGGUCACAUCGACCGGCGCGUGGCCGAGGUGGCCGAGCGGGGGGAGCCGGCGGAGAAGACGUGUCUGACCGACCACCUGGCCUGGGAGAAGGUCCCCAUGAAGGUCAUCUACGGCAACGUCACCGAGCUGCUGCUGGCCGGGGUGGACACGAUCUCCAGCACCCUCUCCUGGAGCCUCUACGAGCUGGCGCGACACCCCGGGGUGCAGGAGGCCCUGCACCAGGAGCUGGUGGCCACGCUGGCCACCACCAGUGACCCCUCGGCCACCGCACUGAGCCGGGUGCCCCUGCUGAGGGCUGUGGUCAAGGAGACCCUGAG